AUGGCGAAUGGCGCCUCGGGUCGCAAUAGUGCCGCUGAGUCGCCGUCGCGCCGACGACAAGAAGACUGGAUCGAGAUCGCAUCUCAACCGUCAUCGUCAUCACUUUCCUCCAUCGGCGGCGACGAGAUCAUCACCACCGGCCUGAGGGUCCACGGCUCCUCAUACCCCCCGCGCCGGAGACAUGCAGGACGCCAGCCACCAAACCAUCAGCAUAGCAUGCCGCGGUCGUUCGUCAUCAGCCAUGCUGCCGCGCGUGGGGGUACGAGCAGCCAGGAGGACUACGAUGAUACGGAGAGCGAGGAAGACGGCGCCCCUGUUGUGCGACGCCCGGUCGGCGGCCCGAUGGCACCCCCGACCCAUAUACACACAGGCUCGCGCCAUGAAACUACUGCCCGUCACGAGUCGUCGGGCUACGAUGACGACGACGACGACUCGGGCGACGAGAACGCCACCGCACUAGGGCUUCCGUCAGGGGCUCCGCACGUCUUCAGGCCUCAGCCCAACGCCUUCUCUCACCCGCCGAGCCAUCUCACGCACCACCAUUCCACGCCGGGUGCCUAUAUGGGCGGUACCUCGACGGGGCCGCAUGCGGGGGCCACGGGCCCCACGAGUAGGAGGUCAUCUUACUCACGGGCCGGCUCAAGCCGCAACGCCCCGCAGUUCGUAUCACCGGCGUAUCGCGAGGACAACGAUGCGGCUUUGCGCGCCUCUCUCACGACGCUGCUCUCUUGUGCUGCCGCGGCGCGCGGCCUCCCCAACCGGAGGCGCGAGGGCCCCGACGCCCUCGGAGCCGGGCCAACCUCCAACACUGCGGGCAUGCAGCCCAUGGAUAUCCGGUUGGUGCCCGAGGCGGAACUAAUGGCCGGAACCUCGGCACCACCGCCUUCACAGUCAUCGGCUAGUGCUAGAGCAAAAAUGAAGGGCUCGAGUCCAGCAGCGACCGUCGCACCUGCUACCACUGCCGCCAACAAAAAGACACAUGCGGGCGGGUUUACGCGGUCGCCGUCCACGACAUCGUCGGCAGCGCGGGGCGAGAAGAGCAAGCGAGCCGCAGCCGGUUCCGGGCAGAAGACUUCGGGCCGGGCGACCAAGAAGAAGCGGGUGGAGACGUCGGCAUCGACAACGCCCGAAACACUAAUCAGCCCGACGCUGCUGACAUGGGUUGUUAGCGCUGGCGUUGUGGUGCUCGUGUCGGUUGUUGGCUUUGGGGCCGGGUACGUCAUCGGGCGUGAGGUGGGGCGGCAGGAGGGGGCAGCUGGCUUCAUAUCAAGCACAGGCGGCGCCCCUUCCGGCCCUCCAGCCAAUGCGACUGGGUCUUGCGGCCGCGAUAUAAUCGGCCAAUCCAGCGGCGGCGGCACGCUCAGGAGAUUCCGCUGGAGCUCCAUGGGCCGCAGCAUUGUGGCUUGA